AUGGCGUCGACGUCUAGGCAGGUGGCGGCGUGCGAGGGUGCGGCGGCGGAGCGUGUUAAGGAGGCCCCGGGGCUUCCGCCAGAACGGAGGGCGCCGAGGGCGGCGCGGGCGCGGGCGAAGCAGGGCUUGGUGCGCGGAGUUGCCACGCCCUCGUCUCGAAACUUCUCCGCAAGCGCGGCUCGCGCCUUUUCUACGACCCCCGCUCGAGAGAACGCGUAUCCGUUCCCGACGAACCCGCGGCCGACGCCGCAUCAGAUAUUCCACCUGCCGGUGACGGCGAGUCAGAAGGAGAUCAAGGCGAGAUACUACGACCUUGUCCGCCUCCACCACCCGGACUCGCAUAACUGCAGACACAUGACGCCUGCGGAGAGGCAUAGGAGGUUCCAAGCCAUAACCAAUGCCUACGACAUCCUGCGAGGCAAGAAGGCACCCGAGGGACCUUUUGAUCCUUUCGCGGCGGAACUGGCCAGGAGGAAGAGGGCGUACGCGGCGGCGAGAAGGUGCGCCAAGUCUUGA